UUUUAGAGAGAGAGGAAAAAAGAAGGCGAUGAGGAGGCUGAGAUGGUUCACCGACGGCGGCCAAUGGGAUCUUGACAUGGAAUCUCCGGUAACGAUGGAGGGCACUGCCCGCGCUGUGCCCGGAGAUCCCCUCCCGCUGGGCCUAUCGCGGGGCCCACGCGUAACCCGGCCCAAGCAGCUGGACUUCAUGCACCGCUUCAUGGCGUCUCCGCUCGUCCCCUCCUACGCCGGCGAUCCCUCUAACGGCGGAAGAGGCCUCCUCUUUCACCACGCCCACAUCCUUCAUCUCGCCGAGAAUUGGUCCGCAACUGUAUUGGAGCAGUUGAAUGUGCAGAAAUUAUUUUCUUUAGUAAAAGAACAUGUAUCAAAUCAAGAUGAAAAGAGCUUAUGGCUGAAGAGCUUAGGACGGCAUAUGGUUGACAUAUUUUCUCUUGGUUUUGGCACAGAAUUAUUCGUGACACCUGAGUCGUCUUUACUAGUUGAAGCAUAUAAUCUUAAGCAGGGAACUCGUAGUAAAGCAACUUUCCAGCACAAGUUUCCUCAACACAAUUUAGUAAUGGAGGCUGUUUGUCCUGGUCUAUUUGUUGAUAAACACGGCACAUACUGGGAUGUACCAUUGUCGAUGGCUAUUGAUCUUGCUUCAAUUACUUCAGGUUCUGGCUUAAGCUAUCACUUAUGCUUACAGCAUAAUAGUGGACAACCCAAGCAUUUUGGUGGUGAUCAAACCAGUGAAAUACCUAUGUCCCUUCUGCCUGGUUUAUGUGCUAAAGCUGCUGUUUCCAUUAGAAAGAAUAUAGACAUUUGGAGAAAGAAAGAAGGCAAGCUAAAAAUGGUUCAACCAUAUGAUGCGCUGCUUUCAGAUCCUCACGUUUCAGUAUCAGGAAUCAUAGGUGCAGCAGCCAUUGCAUCCCAGGGAGAUAAAUUAGCUAGGCUUUCUAUAGAAGACGAGACAAAGACACUGAAGUCAUUUUCAUUAUAUUCUCAGAAAGAUAAUCGUGCUCUCUUUGCUGAUCUCUUUGCCGUUGUCUCUUUCUCUGCACAGCAUGGAAAUUUCCAAAGGCUCUUUCUUGAUCUGACGAGGCUAAAUGCACGUUUAGAUUUCCGUUCAGUUUCAACUUUUGCAGCUGGUGCUGUUUGUCUUGCAGAAAAUUAUUACAAUUCUCAGCGACCAGAUCUAGAGGCUCUCCAUGCUGUUUGUCCAGAUCUAUCGGUUUCACUGCAACAACAGAUCGUCGGACCUUUCAGUUUCCGUGUUGAUUCUAGAAUUAAAUUGGAUCCAAGAAACAAUAACUAUUUUGCCCAGCUUGAUGAGUCGGUUUUCGCGAUUGAUUGGGCUCUGAAGGUUCUUGGCUCAGCGAAGGCUUCUUUCUGGUAUGCCCCGAAGCAACAGGAGGCCAUGGUAGAGCUACGAUUCUUCGAGAGCUGAUGAAAUCAGGUACAGUUUACCUUAAUGUAAUUCUCCAUCGUACUUUACUCAAAUUUAUACCCAAUUAUUGUAUGCUUGUCUAGAUGUGAUCUCUUACUUUGUUGACUGUAUAGACCAAUUUAUCCAAGUCGUGUCGUGUCAUUUUCAGUUCAGUGUAAUGAAAAGGAUGGAAACGAAAUGUAUCAACCUCGGGGUUGGAUUAAUCUCUGCCAUAAGACCAAUAUGGCUGCCUUGUAAGAAACGAAAUGCGUCAAUCUCAGGUUUCGAUUAGUUUUA